CCCGAAUUGACACUAUACCUCGCAAUUCCGACCAACAUCACCACACGAGCUCCCGAACAAGACACCUCGCACACACACACAAAACGGCUAGACGACGGAGGCGGGAGGCGCGACGGAGCGCAACAUCAUCGAUAUCGGCCCAAGGACACCACCGAUUUGCCAAAUGGACGUGAGCUCAAGCCUGCCGGGGAGCCCGGCCGGGGGAGGGCCGUUGCAGGCGGCUACGCCCGACCGCGUCAACCAGCGACGAGAGUCCGUCAUGUCGGCGCUGCGCAACGAGGGGCGUGACAGCUCUGUGCACGACAAGAUUAGCCAGUUCAACAAUCUCAGCGUGGCCAUGCAGUCGAAGCAGCUCGAGCGCCGGACCGCCGACGCGGCGCUCAAGCGGGCCAUGGUCGGACGCGAGGAGGCCGAGGCGGAGAUUCGGCGCCUCAAGGAAGAGAUGAGGCUGCUGCAAAAGGCGCUUCAGGAGGGCAAGGAGCGCGAGAGGCGAGUGGGCGAACGGCUCGAAACGGUCAUGGAGAACUACGGACGCGCCAAGGAGACGCAUGCACACACCCAGGCCCUAUGGGAAAAGGAAAUUCGCCGCGCGAGAAAGGAAAACUUCAAGACUCAGUCCAACGUUGUAAAGAUACAAGAAGACCUCAAGUCGGCGAGGAGCGCCGUCAAGAUACUAGAGGAGAAUCUGGAGCGAGAAAAGGAGCGCAGCCGCACCCGGGAACAAGAGGCGUUCACCGCCCGCUACCAAAUCGUCGGCGUGCAGGAGCAGCUGGAGCAGGCCCUCGAACGCAUCAAGCUGGUCGAGCAGGAACGCGACGCAUUCAAGACGGCUGCGAAGAACGAGGAAGUGGCGCGCAUCGCCGCCGAGGGCCGGCUCCCUCUUCCCAAGACCGAGGACCCGACCGACGAGUUCGCCUCGCCGAAGAAGACGACGAUCAAGUACACGGCCGGCAAGGAGCCGCGCGUGUCGCUGUCCACCAUGGACAUUGUGUCGUCGGCCGCCAGCGAGAUGGAAAUCGAGGAGCUGACGACGCAAGUGCUGUGGGAGCGGCAGCGAGCGGAUCGCGCCCAGGAGAUGGUGGAUUUCCUGCAAGCAGAAUGUCAGAUGCAUUGCUGCCCGUGCUCCAAGGCCAAGAAGAGGCCCUCGAGCUCGAGCCCGCCACAGAAGCGGCGCCGAGAGUCCGUUGAGAGCCCAGAGCCUCACGAGCACGCCCCCGAGGAUUGUAGCCGUCCCUCGCCGCAGGCCGUGCCGAGCCCGCCUCCACGCAUCGAGGAGCCUGAGCCCGAGCCACGCCCUGUCAAGUCCAAGAAGGAGCCGCGGCGGAGCACCAUUUUUUGCCCUCGAGAAGGCAUCUUCCGCACCGUCUCGGAGCAAGUGGCCGAGGCCAUGGAGGCGGAGAGUGUGGCCCGGGAGGAGGAGCCCGCGCCACGAGAGCUCGACGCCCAAACUCUCGACCCGAUGGACGUCGAGACCAACCCCCGCAUGUACGCAAGAACUCCCUCUGUCGACCCUCCAACCUUUGCCCUCUUGUCGCACGACCGGACGUCACUCCAGUCGCUUCUCAACGCCCCGCAUAGCGGCGGCGACGUCAGCCACAGCGACUCGCUCCCCAGCAUCCGCAACGUGCCCGUCGUCGAGGAGGAGGAGGACGAGCCCGCCGCGACAGCACCGCUAGACCACCACAUCUCACAAAGGGAAUCCCCAGAGCCUAGGCCGCACACGUCGGCGACCAUAUACACCGUGACGACGACGCAGGUGCCCGUCCGCGACGACAACGCCAGCUCCACGUCGUCCUUCUCGGAGAGGCUGCGCACCCCGUCGGGCGUCAGCAACGCCAGCUUCGACCACACGAACCCGGCGCUCACGCCCACCAUGACGAGGGAGGAGGCGCUCGCGAAGAUCCGCGAGCGCAGGGGCCGCGUGAGGAGCGCCGCCCAGGCCGCGGCGACGGGCCCGCGCAAGGCAUCCAAGGGGACGGACAGGAGGGACGUCAGCGCGCCGACCGGUAAGACCGCCGGCCGCGUGCGAUCCUGAAAGGGUAGCAGCGCGGGUGCUCCUCUGUUUGGCAUUCGGUCGAGGAGAGGUGCAAAAGGGGAGACAGUUUUGCGGAACCACACACACAUACACCACUUUCUGCACGUUGGGGGUUCGUCUUGGGGCGUGCGCCAUUUUUCAUUGAAGCGCUUGGCGAAGGGGGCGUUGGGUCUUGGUUGUCUCUUUGAUUUCUCUCUUCAUGGGGUUCUUCUGUCCUUUUUUGUUUCGUCUCACGGCCCGGGAGCAUGUACGGCGCAGCGAAGCGACGGGGAGCGGGCAGAAGGCAGGGCUGGUUAUUGAUCCCAGCUGGUACCUAGCACGCAUGGCCGAGCCAGACAUGGAUGGAGUCUCUGUGUUUUGUUUUCUUCUUUCUUCCUUCUCCUCUACCAAAGGCAUAGCAAGCCAUACACACGUCAUCCACAUCCACCUGCCUAUCUACUAUUGCACAUAAUACUGUACAAAAUUCAUGCCCACGAUGCCAAGCGCCGUGCGCUCGCUCGCUUCCAAACGAAACUCCAGAGUAAAACACCCGUUCUCCCCGCCCAAGCUCUAAAUCAAAAUGCUAUCCAAAAACUGUAUGUGCCAGCGUCCAGGAGGG